CACUCUUUUCAAUUUAUUUAUGUAUUUUCACAAUUUCAUGCCAGCUGUGUUACGUGUUCCUUCCUCAGAUAUUGAUGAGUGUGCCGGAUUGACCGUCUGUGGCCCUGAUUCAGUUUGCCACAACACACUGGGAGAUUAUACCUGUACAUGUCAGCUGGGAUACACACCGUUUCAACCGCUCCUGGAGCCCAACAUCAUCAACGACUGUGUUGAUGCUAACGAGUGUUUCCAAGAUCUCACCCUCUGUGGUCCUGAUGCCGACUGCACAAACACAUUAGGAUCUUACACCUGCGAAUGCUUCACUGGUUUUCUGCUCAACAACCCAGUUGUGACAGCCAGCAUUGUUAACCCAUGCACAGAUAUAGAUGAGUGCACUGACACACCUGGUGUAUGUGGUGAACUAACUGGCUGCGUUAAUGUACCGGGGACCUUCAAUUGCUUUUGUCAGAAUGGAUUCUACCCUUCAACUGGAGUUUUGUGGAAAUCGCUCGUUACAUUUUGUCGAAGUCUUCCGGACAUUUUAGAUGAGUUAACCCCCAAAAAGGAUAAGACGAAAGAAAAAGCUUUUCUUGAAAGUAUUGAUCAACAACUGCAAGACAAUGAGGACGUUAGUUUAACAGAUGCAACUGUGGAAAACGUCUUCGCAGCAUCUAUGGAAUUGGCAGGUGUUGGACAACAUCCCGGGUCAGUGAAGCCGGGUAGCGAAGGAGACGGGGACACCGGCAGUACGAUCCUGGGCAUCGCACACCGUGUGGUGUCUAAUCUCGUGGGGCCAGAUCGGAGAAAUAGUGAGAAAUCUUUGAAGACUUCAAUAUUGGAUUUAAAUAUUCAAACUAUCAUGGUUGGAGACAACACUACAGAGAGCUAUUCGCUAUUCGCUAAUGGAAACAUCGUACAGAUCAACCUGAAAGCUUUGGCCAAAAAUAACGACGGUUAUGCAGCAGCUGCCAUAAUGGUAAUAGAUGGGAUGGAGAGUCUCCUCAGUCAUCAGUACUUUGAAACGGAGAACAAGACAGAGAUGAACUCUGAUGUCAUCACUGCAAUUUUAUUAGGAAUGAAAAACACCACCCUCACUGAGCCCGUCAACUUUACCAUCCAACAUAAGAAGGCAGUACCUGAAUCUGGUUUGGUGUCCUGUGUGUACUGGGAGGAAAAGACAGAGGAGACAGGAGUGGGAAAAGAAACAAUAACAGAAGGCGAAAAGAACAAAACCAAGAGCUGGUCAGUAGAGGGCUGUUGGGUUGCCUACACAGAUGAAAACUACACACUGUGCAGGUGCUCCCAUCUAUCCACGUUUGCCCUCAUCAUGCAGAUUGGGGAGGUAUUACAUAUAUCUAUGUGUGUGUGUGUGUAUGAAUAUGCAUUUGCUAAUAAAUGCUCCCACACACAUGGCCAGGUUGAUGACAGUAUGUGUUUGCACGUGUUGCCGUGUCUUUUUCAGCCGCCACCAGAGGAUCCUUUUCUCGAUUGGCUCAACCAAGUCUGUGUGAUUAUCGGACUAUUCUUCCUUGUUUUGGCCAUCUUGACCUUCCUCCUGUGUAGCUUCAACCCCAAGAUCAACAACACAGCCCGUCUUCACAUCUGCCUCAACCUUUUCUUCUCCCAUCUGCUGAUGCUGUGGCUCGACAAAUACGUUGAACAAGAGAUUGCCUGCACCGUCAUGCCGGGGCUUCUCCACUACUUAAUUCUAGCGGGUUUUGUGUGGAUGCUGCUGGAGGCGAUCCAGCUCUACCUGCUGGUCCGGAGACUGACAAAGGUACAGGUCAUCCAGAGGAUCGGCUUGCCAAGACCACUGCUCUACCUGAUUGGCUACGGCGUCCCAUUGGUGAUUGUGGGUAUUUCUGCACUGGUAUUUUCUGACGGAUAUGGUGUUACUGAAGCAGAGGUGUGCUGGCUCUCCAGAAAGCGCAAUUUCAACUGGGCUCUAACAGGCCCCGUGAUCGCUAUCCUUGGACUUAAUUGGAUAUUGUUCUGUGCCACUCUAUGGAGUCUGAAGAGCACACUGAUCAGCAUGAAAAGUGGUGUUUCUGAAUCCAAAGACACCAGGGUUAUCGUGUUCAAGAUCCUGGCCCAGUUUGUCAUACUGGGCUGUACCUGGAUUCUGGGCCUGUACCAGACAAACCUUUUCUUCCAGAUACUCUUCAUCGUUCUUAACUCCCAGCAGGGCACCUUCCUCUUCAUCGUCCACUGUCUGCUCAACAAGGAGCUCAGAGAGGAAUACAAGAAAUGGCUGUCCUUUUGUUUCAGUAAGCCCAAAGAAAAAGGAUCUGUGAAAAAUGCUCGGUCGGUCUCCGAGGACAUGGCAGAAGGCUGAAGAGCAGACGGGCUCAUGGUGAUGAUUGAACAUCGCACAAAAGAGACGUACGGCAGCGAGGAGACGUGCACGCCGUGUCCACUUUGAAUGACUUUCAUUAGUUGUUAUAUAUUAUUAUUUUAUUGUUUUCAUAAAAUGUACUUGUGUGUGCGCAUGUGUACCUCAUCGGUUUCAACUAUUAUUUAUCGCCUCACCUUCUGGUUUCACAAUACCUUUAAAAUAAAUGAUGAAUUAUUUCCGUGUUCGAAUGAAGGUUUGUUUAGGGUUCGUUCUAUAGGUCACGUUUGUUGACAUCCUGAUAAUAAUAAUCAUUUUGCACAUAGAUUAUGAUUGGCUGGUAAAAGCUAAUGACAACCACUGCAUUAUGUGUGUGUGAGACAUGAGCAACGCAUCGGAUCCAUCCUUUCUGACCACUUCUGUUUCAUUUGUUAUGAAUGGAGCCAACAUGCGUUUACUCAAAUCAGAGUGAAGGAAUGCUGCUCGCUGUUAGCUCUGCUUAGCGCCAGUGGGUUGCUCUAUGUUCUUGUAAAUAUAGCAAGAUCUGGUGGGCCGUCCAAAGGUUUUCACAAAUGUAAGCUCUGUGUUUCUACCAUCAAUCACUCCACAGAUGGCUCUAGGAUGACAUAUACACUACCGUUCAAAAGUUUGGGGUCACUUAGAAAUGUCUUUAUUUUUCAAAGAAAAGCACUGUUUUUUCAAUAAAGAUAACAUUAAAUUAAUCAAAAAUACACACUAUACAUUGUUAAUGUGGUAAAUGACUAUUCUAGGUGGAAACGUCUGGUUUCUAAUGAAAUAUCUCCAUAGGUGUAUAGAGGCCCAUUUCCAUCAACUAUCACUCCAGUGUUCUAAUGGUACAUUGUGUUUGCUAAUCGCCUUAGAAGACUAAUAUCUGAUUAGAAAACCCUUGUGCAAUUAUGUUAGCACAGCUGAAAACAGUUAUGCUGGUGAUAUAAGCUAUACAACUGGCCUUCCUUUGAGCUUGAAGUUUGAAGAACAAAAUUAAUACUUCAAAUAUUAAUCAUUAUUUCUAACCUUGUCAAUGUCUUGACUAUAUUUUCUAUUCAAUUUUCAAUUCAUUUGAUAAAUAAAAGUGAGUUUUCAUGGAAGACACGAAAUUGUCUGGAUGAUCCCAAACUUUUGAACGGUAGUGUACAUUGUAUUUUGUUAACUCAUCUGUAUAUAUUAAGUGCUUUGACGAUUGUGGGUUACUUUGUUUUGAGUGUAAAAUAAACCGUUGUUUUCUCUGA